UUUUCGACAACGUCUGAAUGCACCACGUCACGUGACAGCAUCUGACAGGAGGAACACUAACAUGGCGGUGUGCAUAGCAGUGAUCGCGAAGGAGAACUAUCCGCUGUAUAUCCGCAGUGUUCCCACUCAAAAUGAGCUGAAGUUUCACUACACAGUGCACACCUCUCUAGAUGUGGUUGAGGAGAAGAUUUCAGCUGUGGGCAAAGCUUUGGGAGAUCAGAGAGAGCUGUACCUGGGUCUGCUCUAUCCCACCGAAGACUACAAAGUAUAUGGGUAUGUUACCAACUCCAAGGUAAAAUUUGUCAUUGUCGUGGACUCCUCAAAUACAUCGUUACGGGACAACGAAAUAAGAAGUAUGUUCAGAAAACUACACAACUCUUUCACUGAUGUAAUGUGCAACCCCUUCCAUAAUCCUGGAGACCCCAUUCAGUCCAAGGCCUUUGAUGGCAUUGUAUCUGGAAUGAUGGUGCAAUCAGGCUGAUAUCCAUUUCACCUCCUCUGAAACUCCCCUGUACAGAACAGUCCUUAUUCAUGUUUUUGUUUACAUGUUGCCUUGAUUAUAGCAAUUCAUUAAUAAACCUCAAUGUUGUUCCAA